AUGGAUCGUGGAAUCAAAAGAAAAGCUGAAUCCAUAUCAGAACCACCAAAGAAAUCCGUCAAACUGGAUGAUUACUGCAAUACACCUGUUCGUCGUUCCCCUGAAGGAGAAGAAAUUUGGCCUGCUCCACGUGACCAAUUGGAAUCUGCCUAUGACUUCAUUCGGGAAUGCGCGAAAGCUCAAAAACUCACCCUUAUUGUGCCAGAUAAGGAUGCAGAUGGAUUGAGUGCUGGAGUCAUCAUGUAUCGCACGUUGAUAAAACUUGGCCUGGAAGAAAAGAAUUUGGAUGUUCAUUUAGUGAGAAAGGGCUCGAAUAUUCAUGAAGAAUAUGAACGGAAGGCGAUGGCGGAAAAGAAGCCGAGUUAUGUGAUUGUUUUGGAUCAAGGAAGUCGAGGUGGACUGCCUGUUAUCGACGACAAAAGUGCUAAAUGUAUGAUAAUUGAUCAUCAUUUGAGCGAUGACUUCCCAAAAGAUGCAACUGUAAGCUCGGCAUUGCCCCUUUGUACAAAUGGUACUAAUGGAUGGUGGAAGAUUGUUUCAGGUUGUCAUUGUCCGCCAGUUCCAACGACUGCUCUUAUGACUUACGAGAUUUGCAGAGGACUUCAUCCUGAUAUUGCUCAAGAAUGCGGGUACCUUUGCGCAAUUGGAACACAUGGGGAUCUCGGGAAUACUAUUAAAUGGAUACCCCCAUUUCCAGAUAUGAAAGAUACUUUUAAAAAGCACACCAAGAAGCUCAUAAAUGACUGUGUUUCCUUUAUUAAUGCCCGUAUGUUCAAUGAACUUCCCUGCAGCAAUCGCUGAACCUCACUUAGCACGAAGAACUGGAACAUAUGAUGUUAUUACCGCCUGGAAGGCAUUACUCGAAGCUAAAGACCCCAAGGAAAUUAUGACUAAUAAGAGGCUCGCUGAAGCACGACGAGAGAUCAACGCAGAGGUUGAAAAACAAACUCAUACACCACCAAAAUUUAGUAAAGAUGGAAAAGUUGCGGUAUUGAAAAUCGAAAGCGAAGCUCAAGUACACCCGGUUAUUGCUACACGAUGGGUAUGUAGUAGUAGAUUGAAACCAUCCCCAUUAGGCUAAAACGUUUAUACAGGCUGGCUUUUUGAAAUCUAGAGCCCUAGAAAUAGUAAUGGUAGCUAAUUACGGUUACCUACCCGGGAAAGUAAAUUUCUCAUGUCGGAUUGCUCGAUGUGCUCGAGGGCGCGAUCCACCAGUCAACAUUAUCGAGUCAUUAAAGGCAGUAGCCAAUCUAGACACUACUGAUCUCGUUGAGAGACUAGGACAAAAUUUUGCUCGUGGUCACAAGGAGGCUUCGGGUGGAAUUGUCAACACUGCGGAAUUCGAAGAAUUAUGUGCUUUGAUGAAGGUUGGAGAAAAGGCUGAAAAGUCCGAAAAGUCUGAGCAAGAUUCAUUGAUGAAGAAAGUUGAGAAAUCACCACAGAAGAACACAUUGAAUGAUUAUUUCAAGAAGUCCUGA